AUGAGCCGAUUUCUCUUUGCCAUCACAGCAGGUGGCACGGCCGUCACAACUCUAGUUUCUGUCAUUAUUAUCAUUUAUUUGGUGAACGACAUCAACAAAUUCUACGACAAUGCGAUCCACGACCUCUCAGAGUUCAAGGAUCUGGCCGAUUCUGCAUGGCACCAAAUGCGACCAUCAUAUCGUGAUAUACGUGAGAAAAGGGCUACCUCUGAUCUGAAUGUCAGAAAACCUCGCCAAUGGCCAGCGCACUGCGCUUGUGGACCAGUGUCAAUGAACUGCCCUGCUGGACCACCCGGUCCGCCAGGCGAGCCAGGCCCCGACGGAGAGAACGGCCUUCCAGGUCUACCCGGUAAACGCGGAAACGACGGUAUUCAGAUAAGCGAUGGAGGUGGAGCAGGCGGAUGCAUUAAAUGCCCCCCUGGACCACCCGGCCCUCCAGGACCAGAUGGACGUCCGGGCCCACCGGGACCGGUUGGACCGCAAGGACCGGCCGGUGCGGGAGGAGGUAUGGGCCCACCGGGACCACCUGGACCUCCAGGAGACCCAGGACCAGCUGGACCACCAGGAAACGCGGGAGCACCGGGUAUGCCAGGCAUGUCAGGACAACGUAGUAUUGGGACACCGGGUCCGGCUGGACCGGCCGGCCCAAUGGGCCCGCCUGGACCACCUGGACCGGAUGGACCAAGUGGUGGGCCGCCAUUACCUGGUCCACCUGGACCAGAAGGUCCUCCAGGAAGACCCGGCCCAGCAGGACCAGAUGGAAUGCCUGGAGCACCAGGUCCUGCUGGCAUGCCAGGCGCUGAUGCUCAGUACUGUCCCUGUCCACCGCGUUCCAUACUACGAAGACAGAUUGGCGGGACAUCUCGUCAAAGAAAUCGUGUCUCUGCAAUUUCUAAGAGAAAAGCGUUUGAUUCCACUAACCUAAGCCAACUCGCCCGCAGUCGAAAGCAGAGAAGGAGGCAUAAUCACAAGAAAAUCUCGAGGGCAUAG